UUGAAUGUGUACCGUAUCGGCGGGUAUUUUGUAACUUAUUUACGAGUUAUUUACGUGGCAAUUUGAUAAUUGGAUUAACAAUAUAUGAAAUAUCGUUGAGGCUCUCACGAAAGAUAUGGAUGGAACUUCAAUUCGCAGCAGGUUGAUGAGACGUCAUGCUUUGGUUACCGCUGCUUUCUCCUCUCGGACUCCAGAUACGGUUGAAUCAUACAAGCUUUCCGUGAAAGAUAAGGCUGAACAACUUGUAAAGAAAAAGUUCCCGGAACGAAUCAUCCAGUUCAACAAGAUUUUAGAAGAGCCACCUUUCCUUUGUGAAGAUUUAACUACAGUGCAUAGUGACCUCAAAAUUCCAGUUCCAGAACCAUUAAUUGUCAACAAUUUCGAUGGCGAUCCUCCUGGUAAAAAGCGUAAGAUGUCAGAAGGGACAGAAGAUGCUGUUACUGGUGCCAAAGUGUUCGUCCUGCCUUCAGGGUCUGUUUCCAUUAAUCCCCACAUAACAUCGAUGGUUGAUACAAUAAAACCUCUCAUCCGUCAGCUUGUGGAAGAAGCAAAUCUGCUCAAGAUGUGGGUGUCAUUUUUGAUACCAAAGAUUGAAGAUGGCAAUAAUUUUGGUGUGAGCAUUCAGGAGGAAACUUUAGGUGAAAUCCGAACUGUUGAAUCAGAAGCUGCUGCCUUCUUUGAUCAGAUUUCUCGUUAUUAUAUGACAAGAGCUAAGCUGGUGUCAAAAGUUGCCAAAUACCCACAUAUAGACGAUUACCGUCGAACUGUAAUGGAGCUUGAUGAGAAAGAAUACCUUUCCUUGCGCAUCACGCUCUGUGAAAUAAGGAACCACUACGCAACACUCCACGAUAUGAUUACCAAGAAUAUGGAAAAAAUUAAAAAGCCACGGUCAGCUAAUUCCAUUGAAGCUAUGUACUAAAUCAACUUAGUUAACAGUAUUCAUUGUUCUCAAGUAUGAUAGACAAGUUGGGAGUUCUUUACUAGAUAUCAGAUCAAUGUGAUAAUGACUGGAAAGGGAUUUGGAACAUUUAGAUCUAAAGAUAUAUUAGUCACAUAAAUACUUUCAUUUCUGUUUCUUCUUAUAAGUAUGGGUACAGACAUGCUUUGUUUUCAAACUUAAGUGGAAGAAAGUGAGUUGUGCAGUUGCACUCAUACACACAGUUAUGAAUUUUCUGAUAUAUGGGAUGAUUUUUAAUAAAAGACAUUGUUUUUUUUUUGUCCUCGUGAAAAUCUUUCAGAGAUCUAGCAUUUUGCAGUGAUUUGGUGUUUUCCUAUUUUUAUUGUUACAUACUACCGUGGAGAGGCUCUGUUUAAUCAAAGAAUAUAAGAGCAAAGAUAGUGCUAUGCCAAAGUCCAUUCAAGUUGAGCUAUAGUUUGCAUACUAAGGUUAAUUUUAUUCGAAGUGAGAGUUGAGUUAUAAUAAAAUACUAUAUAGCUAUAUAUGAAGUGGCUGUGCUGAAGUAUCUUACCGAUUUUGGUGGGUGAUGUCUGAAUACAUGUGAGAAGUGAGCUACUUAGUUUUAUUUCUUUAGCUACUUUUAAUUUUAUUUGUCCUUAAUGAUGCCUUGCAUUGUUCCAGAAAAUGAAAGAGUAAAAAGAUGUUAAUAAAAACCUAUCUGUUUGUGCUGGUGUUUAAGAUUUUUUUAAUUUCAAUAUUCAGUGAUCUCUCAGGAACAUAAUUUUAAAAGUUUAGUAAUUAUUUUCGUGGGUUUUUACAGUUAUUUCAGAUUUACAUUUUUGGCAUUUGCUAGAUUUAAGAUUUUCUCUUCGUUAUUUGUUGUAUUCCAUCUUUCCCUCCUCCCUCAUAAUCCCCUUUUAUAUAUAAAUCGUUCUGGGAUG